CGAAUGGUUACAGGUGAUAAUGUUAAUACUGCUCGAUCAAUUGCACUUAAAUGUGGUAUUAUAUCACCAAAUGAUAGUUUCUUAGUACUUGAAGGAAAAGAAUUUAAUCGACGUAUAAGAUCAAAACCAGAUGGAGAAGUUGAACAAGCUUUACUUGAUAAAGUUUGGCCGCAUUUACGUGUAUUAGCUCGUUCAUCACCACAAGAUAAAUAUGUACUUGUAAAAGGUAUAAUUGCAUCAAAAAAUAAUCCAACACGUGAAGUUGUGGCCGUUACCGGUGAUGGUACAAAUGAUGGGCCUGCUUUGAAAAAAGCUGAUGUUGGUUUUGCCAUGGGUAUACAAGGUACUGAUGUAGCAAAAGAAGCUUCAGAUAUUAUACUCGUUGAUGAUAAUUUUAAUUCAAUUGUCAAAGCAGUUAUGUGGGGUCGUAAUGUUUAUGAUUCAAUAUCAAAAUUUCUUCAAUUUCAAUUAACUGUUAAUGUUGUCGCAGUAUUCUGUGCUUUUAUUGGUGCAUGUAUUGUCAAAGAAUCCCCAUUACGUGCUGUACAAAUGUUAUGGGUUAAUUUAAUUAUGGAUACAUUAGCAUCAUUAGCAUUGGCAACUGAAGUUCCGACUGAAGAAUUAUUAACACGUAAACCAUACGGACGAACACGAGCAUUAAUAUCUCGACAAAUGAUGAAAAAUAUUAUUGGUCAUGCUGUUUAUCAAUUAGCUGUUAUGCUUUUUAUUUUAUUUGCCGGACCGUCAGUAUUCGAUAUGGAUGAUGGACGUCCAGUCGAUAAUGUUUUUAAGCCAUCUGAACAUUUUACAAUGAUAUUUAAUGUAUUCGUUUUAAUGACAUUAUUUAAUGAAAUUAAUUG